GCUUUGGCUAUAAGAGUAAGACGUGGCACAAAAGAUUCCCAUCUCCAAGAGGAAAGACGUGUAAGCUGCAGACAUGGAAACGAAGACAUUUGUUGGCGUGCUUUCGGCUUUAUUUACAGUAUUUGUAACAUGCAGGGCAUCAGAUAUUACGACAGUGACGAAGAAGGUGUAUUUUGAUGUUACGAUCGGAGAUCGGGCAGUUGGUCGCAUUGUGUUUGGCUUGUUUGGGGAGACUACCCCGAAAACCGUCCAGAAUUUUGUUGACUUGGCAACCGGUGUCCAUGGAUACGGCUACAAAGGAAGCACAUUCCACAGAGUAAUCAAAGACUUCAUGGUUCAAGGAGGUGACUUUGAUAAGAAGGAUGGCUCAGGAACAAAGAGUAUCUAUGGUGAUUAUUUUGAUGAUGAGAAUUUCAAAGUCUCCCACUACGGACCUGGCUGGAUCAGCAUGGCCAAUGCAGGGAAACACACCAACGGGUGCCAGUUUUUCAUCACAUGUAUCGCUACCCCGUGGCUGGAUGGAAAACACGUAGUGUUUGGUAAAAUCUUGGAAGGCAUGGAUGUCGUCAAGGAAAUAAGCAGUGUUGCCACAGACUCCAAGGAUGGGCCAGAAGAAACCAUCACCAUUGUCGACAGUGGAGAAAUUAUGGUGGACAGACCCUUUGUUGUAGAAAAGGCCGGUGUUGACGUGCAAAUGUAGAAAAUAUUAGGUGUCCUUUUUUCUUCUUCUUUGCAAAUUGUGCAAGGGGUUCAGUGUAACUUUGUAGCUAACUCAUGGUUCAAAAACAAAACUGAAAAUGUCUUAAAUAUUAUUAUUGUUGGUGGAAUGAUAGAUUCAUUUGAAACGUUUUUAAAAAAUGGAAAUGUCAUUAACGAUUUGUCCUUUAAAUUGUUUAUUAAUUGGGUAGUGUGUAUAAGAAAUGGAUUUAUUAGGUGUAUUUGAGUAAAAUAGUUUUUAGGUUUUUAAAUUAAAAAAAAAAUUGUUUUAAAAUACAUCUGUCAGAUAGAUAUAAAUUUAUUGAUAUCUCUUAACAGUACUAAGAUCAGUCUUUUAGAAGCAGUAUCUGUACAGUCAAGUAAAUGCUUUAGCUACUAUUAUUAACUUUGUUUUUUAGCAAAGGUUUCGGCAUAUUCUAUCAAAUCGAUGAUAAUAAUAAUACACGUAUUUAUAAAAGUGGGAUUUGGUUUUUGUUUCCAUUUCAAAAGUACAGUAAGAUGACUCGUACAGUUUUGCAGUCAACACUGGCUAAUAUUUUCUGUAAGAUAUGUUUGUAUUAAGACAUUGUUCCAUGCAUACUGAAACCACUAUGUUUUACUGUGAGGCCAUUCUUAAAAUAACAUUUUGGUGAGGUGCAUUAUUUUCAUGAGUUACUUUUAUGAUUUUGUUCACAAUGUUUUAAUUCUCAUUUUGGUGACAGAAAUCCAAAUUGUUUUGCAAGCAGAAUUACUCAACUAAACAGAAUUAAAAAAAAAACCCUCCAAAACUCAGCAAACAUAAAUACUGAAGUUUGUAGUAGCAUAAGUUUAUUUAUUUGUUAAACAAAAACAAAUGAGUAUAUCACUUUUAUACUUCACCGCCAUGUCAUUGUUUAACAAUAAACCUCUGGUAUCUACAACCAAUAAUAUUUAUUAAAAAAAGCCCUUUUAUGUACCUGCAUAAUGCUCAGGGUAGAGUUAAACUUGUUUUAAGGAUGGCCAGUUUGUACUAACUCCUUUACCUUCAUUUCACACAUUAGACUGAUUUUGUCAGGAGUGAAAGGGUUAAUAUAUGAGAUUUGUAUCAGGUUUUAUAUAUAUAUAUAUAUAUAUGUAUGUAUAAGCAAAUAUUUUUCUUACAUGUUUUUAGUAUUCAUAAACAUUUUUUGUAAACAUCUUUGUUGGGUCAGUUCAUAUAUGUAAUUGCACUUUAUUUCGAGAUUUUUGUUUCAGUUUUUGUUUAAACAUUAUUUUGGGUUUAAAAUUUCAAGGGGGUGGAGGCUGAGAAGACUUCUUUUUUUUUAGCUUGUGACCUAUAGGCUGAAGAAAGUUAAUGGCUUUAAAAAAAAUUAUAUGUAUUUUUGUUUAUUUUUAUGGCGUUUCUGUCAUAUUGUGGUUGGUUGGAAGAUAUCAAUACGUUGACCCUUUAAAAAAUAAUUCUAAGUUUGGAGUGUACAUAUGUAAUAUGGUAAAAUAUUUACAGUGUAGUUUAAAUAAAGUUAGUUGAAGUUUACUGUGUAAUUAUAUAUAUUAAAUCUUAAUAAAUUGUUGAUAUUUAAUGUUUUUAGUACUAAAAUUUUCAUUAAUUAACCACUGAAAAAUGUCAAAAAUGGAAUUGGGGGGAGAGUUCUGUGAAAUUUGGGGACAUGGGAGCACCUGUUUAUUUUGUGAUUGGCUCUAAUAGCGUUGUCCAAAGUCUAUGCAAAUACUGACUGUGAUAUCACCUACGGACUCCGUCCAGGAUAGUUUCUUAGUGAUUUUUCAACAUCUGGUAAUUAUUUUGUUCUAUGUCUAAUUCUUAUGAAGGAAAUCCGAGGUCUGUUGGGGAAAUGUUUUGGAAGUAGGCUGGUACAUGUGUAUAAAUCAUCAUUUGAUAUUAUGGACUUGGAUGGCUGAUGACUUCUAAGAUGAUGAGCAUUUAUGCAUUUCUGAUGGGUUUCAGGUUUCCUUUUAAAUAGGUUUUAAAGAGAAGUCUGGAUUUACCAUGUAUAUAGAAGAAACUAAUUCUCAAUUAUGAUUUUUUCUUCUUCAUCAAACUUAAUAAUUUUGAACUUUAUUUCCCAAUGCCAGUACCAGUUUCAAUGAAACUUGGUAUAAUAUGGUAUGGUUGGUGCUACUGUAAAGGUGCUGAUAUAGUGUGUUUGUAUGUACGUACGUGAAUGUGUGGUUUUUCUACUGUAUGGUCAAUAUAGACCAAAGGCAUCUAUGGUCAGACCAUGAUUUCUCAUGUAUGUUUCUCCAUAAAUCCAAAAGCACUUGUGGUCAUUAAUACAGGGGACAAUGUUUCAAAGUCGGAAGUAACUAGAAUUUGGUUUAUAUAGUUUUUAUUUAGGGAACCAAUUAUUUGGUCACAUGAAUUAUAUUUACAUAAUCAGUUAAUUACAAUUUGACUACUGCUAUGCUGCACAUUCAGUGUCCAAUAUUCAGUAGAGAACAUAAGAUACAUGCAUUUUUCGAAUACAUGAAUCUGGUGAUCGUAAUAAGUUUGCAAUUUGUUAAUUUUAGAACGUAAUGAUUCAUCAGGUAACCAUUUGGUGGUUUGUGUCAAUUUGAAGUUGUUUAACUGACUGCAAUCAGAACCGACUGUUUGCAUGGAAUAUUGUGCCCUGUUAUUGAAUACAUGUAACGCAUAGAGUCGCCAUAAAAGAAAUGGAAAAGAUUAUUUUUAACACCUCAGCACACUUUAAAUUCGGGACUGUUGUGUGUCCAUUGUACAAUGAAUACUCAACAGGAGCUGGGGGUGUCUUGUUUUCUUUCAGGUUUUGCUGCAACCCGUCCACCUGACAAGACCUGACUUGUAAUCAAGACUUGGGACCACCUUUGAGAACAUUUUAAGAAUGGCUUUUUUAAAUCCACGGAAUAUUAUAUCUGAUGUGUCCCUUUUCUUCAAAUGGCAAUUUGGAAUUCAUCUAGCACAUCACUGGAACUGUACAUACCAUGGAUUAAUUUAAAAAAAAAAAUAUAUGUGUACAUUCUAGUCACUGAAAUCCAGAGUGCCAUAUAUGAGCUGUAGUAAUGUAGAUGGAAUUUCCAUGACCAAUUUUAAUGGGUGAUCCAAGUAAAAUCAAUGGCCAUUAGAAUUGAUAAUUACAAAUAUAAAGUAAUAUGAACAUUUCUUGCAAUAUGAAGUCAUAAGAGAAAUACUACUGUGAAAGAAUGGGGUCAGUAACAUUAAUUAAUUAAUUCAUAGUAGGUUUUUACUCCUAUGGUCUAUUGUGUCUUCAUAGCUGAAUUUUAAUUUUCUCUAAAUAUUGGUGCUAUACUAAGAGUGGAGAACUCUUAAUGGAAGGUGUGAUACGUGCUGGUUAAAGAAAUCCACAAGUUGGUGUUAUUUAUUUUCUACACAUAUUCAUAAUUUUUAGCCAAAUAAUCAAAAGUUUGAAUGCGAGUGUAAAUCAAAUGUAUUCUUCUAUAAAUGUAUUUUUGUUCUUGCAACAACCUGUCUUAAGACAAUUUUUAUUGUGGACUUGAAUGAUAUAUAUAUCUGGUCUUUCGACAUUUUUUUUUCAUGAAUAUUUUUUAUGGUUUAUCAUGAGUAGUUAGAAAUAUUUUUAGUUUUAUAAAUAGGUGCAUCUUAAUGAAUUCUUAGACUUUUUCCACAAAGAUGUUUAGCAGGUUUUCCAACUUUUAUAUGAAACAAUGAUCUUGGAACAUUUUUUGUUCAUGUACUAUAAAAUAUGGACAUAAGAAUCUCAUUAAGAAAUUUGUUCUUUGUACUAGAUGUGUACAAUACUGGAUUGUAUUACAUAUCAUUGUUGGAAUUGUUUUGCUUUACUGAAUUUUUAUAACAAUUUUGUUCUGAAAAUUAAUAAAGGUGUUUUCAAGAAAA